AUGGUUCAGAGUAAAACUGCUCAAGCUUUGGUAGGGCAAGGACAUGGUAGGAGGCUUAGACCGGAGAUGAUAAAGAAGAGACCAAGGGCUAGUAGGCUUCCUCAACCAACGACACCGGAGAAGCAGAUCGUUGCUAAAGUCACAGGCGGGUCACCUAAUUAUAUGAAGGGAACGAGGAGUUCAGAGGCUAGAAGACAGAGCCAAAGUGUUCAAGCUGGUUUAGACAAGAAGAGCCAAACCGGUAAGAAACUUGAUUCUUGCUCUAGAGAAAAGAAACAGAGUAGUAGUAGGUCUUUGAAAAAGGGUCAGAGCUUCAAGAGAAGUGGUAGGAUUGGUCGUUGUUGGGAUGCGAAUGUGCAUAGAGCAACUUGCUCUUCGCUUCUCAAAAACUCAAAAUUCACAGAGGAUCUGAUGUUUACUUCUCCUCAUAUCUUGAAAGUCUGUCCUUAUACGUAUUGUUCACUCAACGCGCAUCUUCACAGCCAAUUCCCACCUCUUCUAAGCUUUAUAUCCGAAAGGAGACGCUCCUUGAAGUCCCAUGCAAGUGGUGAAUGUGAUGAUGGUUGUGUGGAAAUCUAUGUUGAUGAGAAGAAAGAAAAUAGAAGCACUCGAGAAACUGAUAUCAAAGUAAUCGAUUCUGAGGCUGAGAAUAUAGAGAUGGAAUUGGGAGAGGUUAAAGAUUUAGAUUCUGAGAGUGCAGAGAUAGUGAGCUUACUAGAAGGUGAAGGCAUUGAAUCAUGUAACUUUGCAGUUCUUGAACAAUCAGAAAAUUCAAGUGAGGAUCAAGAGCGUGAAGAGGGUGGUUUCUCGAAUAACACAACCAACUCUCUUUUAUUUGAACAGUCGAUUAUACAAGAUGACAUCAUUCUAGGGAAUGCUGUGGAUGAGAAGCAUGAAUCUAAGGAAGCUGAAGACUGGAAGGAGGCAGAUGGAGAGAAAGUGAAAGAGCGGAUUAAACUUGUAUUGAAAACAGAGGAAGCUCUGUUAUCACUUGCACAAAAACCUUGCAACCGAGAAGAGUGCAUUGAGGAUUGUAGGAGACUCAACCCAAGAGAACCCAAUUACAUUCAAACUACUGUAGAGCCGAGCAACGAAACAGUUGAUCUCAGGCAUCAGGACAUGGAUGAGAGGAAGAAAGCAGAGGAGUGGAUGAUUGAUUAUGCUCUGCAACACACCGUAAGUAAACUUGUUGUAGAAAGGAAGAAGGAUGUGGCAUUGCUCGUUGAGGCAUUUGAAACAACAGUACCUAAAUAA